GGGUACCGCCAGCAGAGAUUGAAGACAACGACAAACAUGGCGGCGCAGCACUUCGGGAACGAGAUGGAGGUGGAUGGGAAGUUGCAAUGUGGAGAUAGUUUUUACUACACAGAGAUCUACGAUACUAAUGAUGACGUCUGGUAUGGAGAGGAUGAUGGGCAUGAUGAGGUGGACGUGGCCAGCUACUUCGCAAACCUUUCCGCAGUCUACGUGGAGGGCGUGAUUGGUGACGAUGAGCAGAAAGAAGGAGACGUUGACAAUAGCGAAACAGGCGCGCUGGAGGACGAUGACAUCAUUGGCUACUUUGCGGCCAUCAAUUCGGUGUGUGGGGAGCGCACACCAGAAAGAGAUUAUCAGCGCGGGGAGUGGGAGUAUGGCGUUGGUGAAGUGAGAGGGUGGGACGUGGAGUGGGGGCAGAAGGCAACAGAGACACUACCGGUGACGACAACAGCACGCAUGCUAAUAUCAUCAUCUACAACAACAUCUCUUGAUGUUGACGAUGUCCCUCAGCCUCAGCAGGAUGCUGAGGAGAGGGUUUAUAUUGCCCUCAAUGAGGAGGAGGGGCUGGCGACUAUCGCUGAGAUGGUGAUGAUGGGAGGCAACGAUGUCAGUAAGGACGGCAAGGGUGUGCAGGGCGAGAAGGACAUCAACAACAUCGACAACGACGACGAAGACAACGACAACAACAGCAACAACAACGACAACGCCGGCGUGGAUGAGGGUGGAAAGGGUAGAAAGGGUGAAAAGGGUGAGGAGGGUCCGAAGGAUGAAACUGAAAACAACAACAACAACAACAACAAUAACAACAUCAACAUCAACAACAGCUCUAAUGGCAACACCAAUAUCAACAAUCCAGACGAUGGCGAUGGCAAUAACCACGAGAGCAGCGGUGCUGAGAGGGGAGCUGAUGCAUCCACUUCAGCAUCAUGGGGAAGAUGCUGCCAUCAGUGCAGUGGGGGGGAACCUGCUGCUUGUUGUGGAUGGCGAAUUGGGGCGUGAGGCUGAAGUUACGAUUCACCGUUCCUCUCCACCCUUGCAUGGUGUUUAUCCACGAUGAAG